AUGGAUCGGGCCUGCUGCCGGCGACGCAUGGUGGCAGCAAAGCGCUGCUCGGAGCCCGCGGUGCCCACAGAGGUUCCUGGCUCCGCCAAGCGGCCGCGCGGCGUUGCACGCAACGCGAACCAGGAGGACGACGCCGGGCCUUCACAGGAGCUCUUCGAGGGCUUGCGUCGCGGCGAGCUGCUGCGGCUGCUGCAGCAGACGCUUUCUGACCUUGGCCUGGAUGCCACACGCUCAACCCUGGAGCGUGAGUCCGGGCUGGCCAAGGAGGAGGAGGCCUUGAGUGCCCUGAGGCACGAGGUGCUGGCCAAGCGGUGGGACGAGGCGCUGCAGACUGUCCAGGCUGCAAAGCGCGGACCCGUGGAGUUGAUCCUUUGGGUACGUUGGGCAUUGCGGGAAGGAGGCAAGUCUCACCCAGGCGCCCGUGCGGCGCAUGCUCCUGGAACAGAAAUGUUUGGAGCUGCACGAGACCGGCCACGGCGAGGCUGGCCUGGAGCUGCUGCGGGAGGAUGGCGCCGAAGCCCCGCACUUGGAGGGGCUGCAGGAGCAGAAGAGCCGAUGGAGCGCCUGGAUGCCUUGCUGCCUGACCUGCCACCUCGGCGUCUGCCAGAGCUGCUGUGGCAAGCUGUGAGGUACCAGCAUCUCCACUGCCUCUAUGCAGACUUGGACCCCGGCUUAAUGUCCACAGUGCCCUGCUUGCUGAAGGACUACAGCUACUCGCCGCCUCCGCUGCCCACGCACUGCGUGGCGAGGCUCGACCACCACAGAGACGAGGUUUGGUUUGCCUCGGUCUCGCACGAUGGGCGGCUGCUUGCAUCCUCCUCCAAGGAUGAGAGCAUCGUCAUUUGGGAGCGGGCAGAUGGAGCCUUCUUCGCCGUCUCGGAGGUGCUGGUGCACGACGAGGCUUGCAGCGUCUUGGCUUGGAGCCCCAACGACAGCCUCCUCUCUGCCUCUGACUGUACAGUUCGAAUCUGGACGCUGCCAGGCGCUGAAACUGCCUUGGUCUUGUCCAAGCACACGGAGCCAGUUUCGGCCGCGGCCUGGCUGCCGGAUAGCACUCGCUUCGUGACCGCUGGCUUGGACAGGUGUAUCCUGCUGUGGGAGAUUGAUGGCACACUGCUGCACCGCUGGGAGCUCAACUGCCGCAUCCAGGAUCUGGCGGCCACCAAAGACGGGUCCCGGCUCCUGGUGGUGGACUCCGACAAGAGCCUCAAGGUCUUUGACGUGCAUUCACACAGCGCGUUGCCCUGCUUGCCGGAGAGCGAUGCUGUGACGUCGAUCUGCGUCUCUCGGCUCCGGGAUGAGCUUUUGGUGAAUGUGGCGCAGCACGUCUCCGCCCUGCACGAGGGCCCGGCCAUCCGACUCUGGGACCUCGGCUCGCGGCGCGUGCUGCAGCGAUACCUCGGCCACUUCCAGGUGGAGGUGUUGACGUUUGCUCCACCAUGGCGGAACCUGCGACCCCUGCCGGUGAUGUGCAUGGUGCUGACUACGGCGCUCUACACGCUGCGCGUGGUCCCGGCACUGGCGGAGUUCGGACGCAGGAGAUGGCAAGAGCAGGUGGAUGCUGGCACCCUGACCCCGCGACCGGGAGGACCCUUCUCCGAGGUCAGCGAGUCCUUCGCGGUUUUGCUCAGCCUGGUCUACGUCUCCCUGACCUUCGUCGGCUUGGGGCGCAUGUCGCGACAAGUCCCCGUGCAGAAGUUUAUCUUCGAGUGCGUGGCCGUGCACAACAUGACGCAGUGUUUCUAUCACUCCUACUGUCUAGUGAUGCUGAUCUCGGAGGGCCAGAGUUUGGGCUUCCGCAUCUGGGGCAACGAGCUGGAUAGCUCGCCCAGGUCCCAUCGCCUGGGUUGGCUCAUGUGGCUGCAGUACCACUGUCGGCAGCUGCAGCUGGUGGAGACGGCCUUUAUGGUACUCACCAAGAAGUUCAAGGGCGUCUCCUUCCUGCACGUGUACUUGCGGGUGUGGGGCUGGUUCAUGGCGUGCCGCUGCGUCUGCAGCGCGGAAGCCUAUGUGCCGGCUUUGGUGAGCUCCGCCUGCCAGACGGCGGUCUAUGGUCUCUACUCCAGCUUCAGCCUCAUUCCCGUCUCGUCCUUUACAUCAAAGGUCUCCCGGGCCAGCUGGGUCUUCCGAGUGCAGCGGGUGCAGUACUUGGCUUGCGCCAUGCACUCGCUGGCCGCAGCCACCUGGGGGAACUUCCCCUGGAGCCUGGCGCUGCUGCACCUCUUCGUGAUUGGCAACGGCCUGAUCCUCUACACGGAGUGGCUCUCCGAGCCGGAGGGCUCCUCCCUCGCGGCGGACGAUCGGGAGCCCAAAGUGAAGCGAGUGGUGUUCUCCUUCGACUCCUGUGGCUGGCUCUUUGUCUACCACUUCGGCGUGGGCGCCUGGCUCUCGGAGCACCUGCGCCUGGAGCGGGCCGAGUCCCCGGAGGUGCCCCAGGAGGUGGCUUUCAGCGGCUCCAGCGGCGGCUCGCUGAUCGCGUGUGUCCUUGCCUGUGGCCAGAAAGUUCGCGAUGUCUUUGAGUUCAUAGUUUCUGAGCAGCCGGUUUGCCGGCGCAACCCCACGGAGAUGUUCCCCGCGGUGGAGCGCGCCCUGCGGCACUUCCAGUUCGAGGGCGCCUAUCUUCGAAUGCAGUCCCGCAUGCGGGUGCUGCUGACGCGGAUCACCCGGACUCCGCCUUGUGUGCAAGGGGAGGUCAUAGACAAGUUCCCUGACAACGAGACCGCAAUCCAAGUGCUUUGCGCCUCUUGCCACGUGCCGCUCUUCGCAGGUCUGCUGCCGCGACGGAUCUGCGGACGGCUGUACUACGACGGGCUGGUGUGGCCAGAUCGGCUGCUGGUUCCCUGGCGCGGAGCGCCAGGAGACGAGGUGGUUCGGAUCUCUGCCUGUGCGCACCCCUUGGCAGACAUCAAGAUAGAGCGAGUACCGUACUGGUGGGCAGUCCUUCCGCCGGACCCGAAGAUUCUCAGAGGCAUCUUCUGGUGCGGCUACCGGGAUGCGGCCCGCUGGUUCGCCGAGAUGCCCCAGAUCUCGGAAACCUGCUACCGGAAGGACCAGAGUCCGGAGGGCAGCAGCGAGCGCCGCUGGCAAGCUGCUCGGGCGCGGCUGAAGCGUGCGGUGUCCUCGCUGCCGGAACGGGACCCCGUGACCGGCGAGAACGUCAAGCAGCUCAUUGAGGAGGCCGAGUUGCAGGCGAUGCAGGCGACGCAGGCGGUGUCGCGGCUGCUCUCAGCGGCCGCGGUCGUGGCCCUGGCGGCGCUGGCGGCGCUGGCCCGGCCCGCCUUCGGCUGA